CUGUCUUUUGUUUUCGUUUAAAUAUCGUGACAGAGACAGAGACAGAGACAUAGACAGAGAGAAUUCCAGCUUCAAUGGAGAAGGAGAAGAAAGCAAAGGAAACUGAAGAAAAUCACGAAGAAGAAGAAGAAGAAGAAAUAGAAUUCAAAGACUGUGAAAAUGAAGGCCAAGAGGAAGAGCAAAAGGAAUCCAUUGGCGAUGAGGUAGAACGAAGCAAAAAUCGGUAUCAUGAGAGCUCUCGCCGAAAGAGAAGACCCAUCUGCUAAGGAUGCUGAUGAUUUUAUGAUCCGGAGAUUCCUUCGAGCUCGUGAUUUGGAUAUAGAGAAAGCAACCGCCAUGUUCUUGAAGUACUUAAGCUGGAGAAGAACGUUUUUGCCCAAAGGAUUCGUAUCCGAAUCGGAGAUUUCAACUCAAUUAGCUGAUAACAAGCUUUGUAUGCAAGGGGUUGAUAAACAGGGUCGGCCUAUUGUUGUUACCUUUGGGGGUCGACAUAAGCCCACCAAAGGAAACCUGGAGGAAGUCAAACGCUUCGUUGUGUAUGGUUUAGAGAAAAUUUGUGCCAGAAUGCCAAAAGGACAAGAGAAGUUUGUGGCAAUUGGUGAUCUCGAAGGAUGGGGAUACUCGAACAGUGAUAUUCGUGCAUAUUUGGCAUCUCUAUCAAUUCUCCAGGAUUGCUACCCGGAGAGGCUUGGGAAAUUGCUUAUUGUUCAUGCGCCCUACAUAUUCAUGACUUCCUGGAAGGUUGUUUACCCAUUCAUCGACAGCCGAACCAAGAAGAAGAUUGUUUUUGUUGAGAACAAAAAGCUGAAAUCCACUUUGCUCAAGGACAUUGAUGAAAGCCAACUUCCAGAUAUAUAUGGAGGUAAAUUGCCAUUGGUUCCUAUUGAGGAAUGCUAACUUGACCCCCUAGUUUCCUUCUUUACUUGCACUACAGGCUACAGCUUGUAUAUUGAGAUUAUAUUG